UAGGAAAAUAAUCAUAAGACCGUGCGCAUGCGCAGUAGGGAGCACAUGUGUCUAGUCACCUUAGUAACUGUUUGUUGACAGUAUUUAGCGGCGCGAUGAGACUGAAACGGCUACACAUACGAUACUACCCACCAGGAAUAUUCCUGGACUAUGAGAAAGGUGGGGAGCUUAGGACGAAAUCCAUCGAUCUGUUAAACUUGACUCCAGAGACUGAUGUGAAUGAGUUGCUGUCAGACAUUAGAGCAGCUGAGCCUCUCAUCACCUCAUCCUGUGUUGAGCAGGUCAAAGUCUUGAUCGGAAAACUACAGGAGAAAGUCGGCCAAAAGGAUGAACGAAAGUUCUACCUUUUCAGGGCACUUCAGGCUCACAUCUUGCCCCUGACGAAUGUAGCCUUCAAUAAAUCAGGAUCGAGUUUUAUAACCGGAAGCUAUGACAGGACUUGUAAAAUAUGGGACACCGCAUCCGGAGAGGAGCUGCACACUUUGGAGGGUCACAGGAACGUUGUGUACGCCAUCGCCUUCAACAACCCUUAUGGAGACAAGGUUGCCACAGGCUCCUUUGACAAGACCUGCAAAUUGUGGAGUGCUGAAACGGGAAAGUGUUUCUACACGUUUAGAGGGCACACAGCAGAAAUCGUGUGCCUGGCCUUUAACCCUCAGAGUACCCUCGUUGCUACAGGCAGCAUGGACACCACGGCUAAAUUAUGGGAUGUUGAGAGCGGGGAAGAAGUGUCCACAUUGGCAGGUCACUUCGCUGAGAUCAUCUCUCUCUCCUUCAACACAACGGGCGAUCGGUUGGUCACGGGGUCGUUUGACCACACUGCCAUCCUGUGGGACGUUCCGUCUGGCAGGAAAGUUCAUGUUCUCACAGGUCACCGUGGAGAGAUCAGCUGUGUUCAGUUCAACUGGGACUGUUCCCUCAUCGUCACGGCCUCUCUGGAUAAAACUUGCAAGGUGUGGGACACAGACAACGGUCAGUGUUUGGCUACUCUCUUGGGUCAUAAUGAUGAGGUGUUGGAUGUGUGUUUUAACUACACCGGUCAAUUGAUCGCUACAGCCUCUGCUGAUGGUACAUCAAGAGUGUUCAGCGCAGAAACGUUCCAGUGUUUAUGUCAAUUAGAGGGCCAUAAAGGAGAGAUAUCAAAGGUGUGUUUUAAUCCGCAGGGGAGCCGCGUUUUGACGGCGAGCGUGGAUAAGACGGCUCGCGUGUGGUGCGUGAACACGGGAGUGUGUUUGCAGGUGCUGGAGGGACAUUCUGAUGAGAUCUUCUCCUGCGCUUUCAACUAUGAGGGAGACACCGUCAUUACAGGCAGUAAAGACAACACCUGCAGGAUCUGGCACUGAGAGAGCGGCUGAACUCUGAUGUUACAGUAUUACUGCACCUCUCUGGAUUAAGAUAUCGUGUGUCAUCUUGUCACACUGCUGUAGUAUUUCUAUUCACAGAGAACAUGUGGGAUGUGUAGAGGAUAUUUUUGCUGUGACAUUUUCCCCCUCUUAAAAAAUAUUUUCUGGGUUAAAUACAAGUUAAACUUAUUUGGUGUGUGUGUGUGUGUGUGUGUGCGUGUGUGUGUGUAUAUAUAUAUAUUAAAUCACAUCACAAAUUAUGCUAUAAAAGAUAAAAGCUGUGUCAGUGGCUCAACUUGCAGGAAUACUAUUACAAAUACUGUUCAUAUUAUAAAUAAUAUUACAAAAAUAUUGUUUCAUUAUAUUCAAAUGUUCUGAAAAAUUAAACCGUGUUUUGUCUAUGAAAAAGUUAA